AGACAUGGAGAUAUGACUGCAAUUUCUACGACAUUCAAAUUAAAUGUAAAAAAUAAGCAGUGGAAAAAAUGUGCCGAUAUGAAUCAUGCUCGUGCAACUCACGCGACUGUGGCAUUUCAAAAUUGCUUAUAUGUUUUUGGUGGAAGAACAUCAUCUGGAAAUAUACUUGAAUCAGUUGAAAAAUAUUCUUCCAAUGAAGACAUAUGGAUAAUAAUAAGUAGUAUGCCUCGACCAGCCAUGGGUUUAGCAGCAGUUUGUGACCUGAAUUCGAUUUGGCUUGUUGGAGGUAUCACGAAAGAAGUACCCGGAAAUUAUAAGAAAUCUAUUUUAACAGAUGUAUACAGCUUCAUUCCAACUAGUAAUAAAUGGUAUCCAGAGGAACCCCUCCCUGAAGGUCGAGCAUUCUCUUCUUGUAUUUUUAAAAAUAAUUAUUUAUUGGUUCUUGGUGGUUGCUGCAUUUCAGAUGAUGUCCAGGAAAUUCCGAUUACAAGUUGUUCUUCUGUUUUGUGCAUGCCUUUGCAUAUCGUGCCUCGAAAAUGGAGAUCAGAAGCAAAUUUAUUGUAUCCAAGACAUGCUUUUUCAACAGCUUCAUAUGGCAACCUAAUUUAUGUGAUAGGUGGAAUUUUGUCAUCCAAAAAAUCUGCUUGUGGAAAAGUUGAAGUAUUUGACCCAGAAAGUAAAACUUCUUCUAUAGGUGCUGAGCUACCUGUUAAAAUUGCGGGAACAUCUUCCAUCUUAUUACCAAGUGGGAAAUUAGAUGCCAGCAGGCACGAAUUAGACAAAUGUUUACAGCUUCCUCUUUUAGGGGCCAGAUAUCUUAAAAAGGAAGAAACGAAGAGUAAUGUGCCACCUUUUGUAAAAUCGUUAUCUGUAAUUGACUCAUAUUUAGCAGUGCCACACAUUGUCGUCAUGGGUGGUGAAGAUAUUCAAGAUGAUUCUUAUGCCGUAGCUAUAGGUGAGUUCAGCCGUUUAAUGCUAUCACUUGAUCCAGUCAAGCCAAAAUGGAAACUCUGCACUUUAAUGCCCGUUUCAAGGAGUUACCAUUGUGCUAUUUUCUUAAAUGGUUGUAUUUAUGUUAUAGGAGGAAUUGAUCUUAAGAAAUCUGUAAAUAAUCGACACAUCAUCCAUGAUGUUGUUAUAUAUAAUUUGUCAGAAAGAAGAUGGCAGAAAAAGACUCCUAUGAAUUAUCCUCGGGCAUUCCAUUCUGUUGCUGCUGUAGGAGGUAUAAUUUAUGUGUUUGGAGGUCGAAAUGAAAAUGAAGAUAUUAUCUCAUCUGUUGAAGCAUAUAAUCCUCAAGAAAACUGCUGGACAGUAUGCAGAUCUUCGCCAUAUCCUAUUGCAGGAGCAGCGGUAACUGUUAUAAAUAAUUUAGUGUAUGUCUUUGGGGGCAUGACUUGCCAAGAAGAUGAAGAAGUAAUUUCCUCAAGUACUUUAAUAUUUGAUCCUCAGUCAAAUAGUUGGAUGAAUGGUCCUGACCUACCCAAACCUACUGUAUAUAGUGGUGCCUCAAGUCAUUUAAAUCUAGGUUGGAUAUUUGGUGGACUUGUGGAAAGUAAGCAGCAUGCUACAUCUGUGAAAGAUAUCUUUCAGCUGGACGUGCGGAGGCAAAAGUGGAAGAAAAUAGGAAAACUUUCUGUUCCAAGACAUUCAUCAGUAAUUAUUUCAAUAAGUUCUCAGACGUAUGUUAUUGGAGGGUUUAGCACUGAGAUUAAUGAAUGCGUUUGCUCCUGUGAUGUAGUUUAUCCACUUAAAAAGAAAGUUUCCUCGCUCACGCCCUUUCCUCAUCCUCUAAUUGGUAUGUCAGGAAUUCUUAUUCCACCACCAGUUUCUCAAGUCUGAGGAAAUGUUCCUGAGAGAACACUUUGAAAGUAUCUAGGCACUCCUCGCCAUUUCGAAUAUCAUCUACUUCCAAAGUCUACUCUGUUAUUGUAAGAAAAUAUAUCCUAAGGAUCCUAAUAGUGGAGGACAGAAUUCAGAAGAGAAAUAGAAACUCUAGGAAUAAAAUUUUAUGAGAAGUCCAUCUUACUGAAAAAGGAUCACGGAAGCAUAUUUUUGACAAAUAUUCUUUCGUCAUAGUUUCAAUUCCGACUGCACUAUAAAUUAGAAAUAUUAAAAAUUCACGGCUGGUUUACAUAUUUAAUCAUGAAAAAUAUAAAUCAUUUUUCAAUUUCCUUACAUCGGAUCUUAGUUUUCGAAACAGCAGAUAAUCACAGAUCCUGUGAAUUAUGAUGAAAGCUUUUUUACAUCUUUAAAAGAAAUAAAAGUUCUUGAAAAUGUUGCAAAGCAAUAUUGAUAAUUGAAAUGACUGAUGAGUUUUAAUAUAGUAAGCAUAAAAAGAAUUUUUGAAAGAAAAGCUUCUAAAAAUGGACCAGAUAUUUUAAUCAGAUGGUUCUUACAUUUUGUUAACAAUGAAAUAAAAUGUAGAUAAAUACAUUCCAAGUGUUUUCUGAGAUUCUUCAUACUAUAAAUAGAAGUAAACGUCUGCCGCUUUAUGUGUAUAAGCAAAUUUAGGGGAAAUUGCCUAAACCCCUUAUCUUCGGAUAAAUCUAUAGUUUUUGAGUCAAAAUAAUUAACAAAAUGGAGUAUGAAUACUUUGCCAACAGUCAAAAGCUAGUUAAUUACAAAGAAAGUAAUUAGCUAUUGAAAACUGCAGUAAUGAUGGUCAAAGCUGUACUCUCAGACAAAUUUCUAAAUUAUAUGUUUUAUGCAUGUUUCGUUUAUUUUAAUUUUUUAGGAUCUCCUUUAAAAGUUUUGUAAAUAUCGUAAAAAUAUUUUUCAAACCUUGUUUUAUUUAAUCUUUUUCUUAUAGACAUGUAUAUUUUAAUCUUAUGCGAUUUUAUAUCAAUGUGCGAAUGUUUGUAUAUUAUAGAUGUACAUUAAA